CUGGCUACCUUCUACAGAGAUACGCACAUUAGGUAUUGGAACAAAUGAGACAGGCACCCUGAUCUCUUUAUCCGGGUCUAGACCUGCAGCGCGCACGGCUGGUUCUUCCUGCAGGCAACACGCCAACAUUUCCCAAUAGUCUUGUAAGCGAGCAAUGAUGAAUGCGGGCAAUGGAACCGGCCGGCCUGAGACUUGUUGGACAGCUGUGAAACACGUUCUCUUGAUUCAACUGCUAAGCCAGACAACAUUGUCAGCGAUUGAGCUGCAAACAUCUUUGAAAAAUUUCUGUGAACAAGGCGAGCUGACAGUGAAAGUAUCCUUGGGCAGUUUCAAGUCUAUGAGGGACUGCGAUUUCAUUGACUAAGGUGAAACCCUCGAAGCAUCUCUUAAGCUGUCCGGCCUCAACGUCUCAGAUCGCUCGAGUUGGUGCACAAUCCGGAACCCCCAGGCCCCAAACCUCCAUCAACAAUGCCCCCCACUCCACACCCCCCAGCCGCGGCUGCCCCUGCUGACAUCAUCUCCCCCGCCCGUCAGACGGUACUAGCGGCGGAAGAAACAAACGCCAAGAAUGGUCACGAGUACCUGGGGGCCCUGUCAUUGAGCCAUGGGUUCAUGCCCAAGCGCGAGCCGCUCACAAGCCUGCCCCCCAAGUUCAAACAGUGGGAUGAGCUUGUCACAAAGUUACCGGAGCUCCAUGCCAAGAUGGGCGCCCGGGCUUUCAUGGAUGCGAUGCCGGUUCUAAACGCUGAGAAGCUUCCGGAUGAGUAUGUGCACCGGGCAGUGCUGGUCCUCGGCGUUGCCGCCAUGUCGUACUACAACAACGGCGUGAAGCACUGCGGGGGCUACCUCCCGCCAGCAAUCGACAUUCCUUGGGGGGUCCUCUGUAGAAAGCUGCAGCGCAGGACCCAGCUCACAUACUUUGACAACUCGCUGUACAACUGGGAGCAGCCUGUGCCCGAAGGGAAGUCCCCGGGGGGCGGAGAAUACGAUCCAGAGAAGCUGGUAGUCCACAAGCUGAUCCGGAGCGUGUCAAUCUCAGGCGCCAGGUGCGAAGAGAUCUUUUUCAUGACCAUGCUGUACACGAUCUCCAGCAGCACCCCGAUGGUCCGCUUCUGCUGCGACAUCCAGGACGCAAUUCUGCGCGACGACCCUCCCGCGCUCAAGAAGGCGCUUGUGGGGUUGGGCGACGCCGUUUUGGCGAUGACCAACGCGUUUGACGAACUGUCCGCACUGCCCGAGUCGGACAGCUUCUCGGACCCGAUCGAGUGGGCGCCCAUGGGCAACGGGGUCAUCGACCGGCGCUUUCCAGUUGCGGGUGUGAUCGGCGGCGGCACCCCGGUGCCCCAGGUUCUGGACGUUCUCUUCGAGCGCCGCAACUUCAAGCACGAAGUGAGCGCCAUACAGAAGGAGCUGCUGACUGUGUGCCCGCCGCAUUGGGUCGCCUUCUUCUCCGCGCUAGGCGAGGUCAGCCUGCCGGGCUACGUCAGGGCGUCUGGCGACAAUGAGCUGAAGGGGCUGUUUGCGCGGGCGCUCAUGCUCUACGCUGGGAAGGAGGGCUUCUUCGGCCGGCAUAUGCUGAAGAUGUACGGAUUCCUCAAUAACACGUUCCGGUGCGGCCUGCGGGGUCAGACUACCGGAGGCCAAGCGCACUCCAGGGUGUGGUCCCACGCCCUGGUCGAGCUGGAGAAGACGCGGCAGGAGCGCAUCACGGAGUACCCGUCCGACGUGUCGAAAGCGGUGGCAUACAUCCACGCCAGUGACGAGAACGACGAGACGCCAAAGAGCGGGAAGCUGAUUCACUUCGACAUCAGCGGGAGCGGGCAGGUGUUUCGGGCGGGAGACCGUCUGAUGGUCCUGCCCAAAAACGAGCACCGCAUUGUCACGCUGACGAUCAACUCGCUCGGGGCCUCGGCCGAGGACAUGGUUCCCCUGGACGCCACGUGGCGGCGCGCGCUCGCGGGGUUCGGCAAGUACCGCAGCAGGGAAGUCCUGGAAAAAGUACCGCUCUACGAGUUUCUGGAGCGAGCGCAGUUCCGCCCGGUCUCCCUCAGGACUGCGCGCGCCUUGCUGGAGAUCGCUCCUUCGGCUACACUGCAGACACUGGCCCAGCUUGAAUUUUGGGACCUCCUUAUUGUUGCGGAGCUGUUCAACCCCGGGUUUGACGCGGUUGCCAAGGCAGACAUGCUGACAGCAGACCCGGACAGCCCCUUCGCGCUCUGCAAAGUAUUGGCCCCCGACUCUCCACGCCAGUACUCCAUCGCUUGUGCCCCGGAGGAGGAGGGCAAACCAGCGAAGCAAAUCUCUAUCCUGGUGGGGGCUUGGAAAUACACCACCAAGAACAGCACCAAGCUCACUCUUCCCCUUUUGAGCGACGAGGCCGCGGUCAUCGAGCGCCGCGGGGUCGCCUCCACGUUCCUGCACAGUCAGACGAUCACCCGGAGGGCCCUGGGGGCGGAGAUAUUCCGCAAGCUCGACACCGACGAAGACGGCCAUCUGAGCCUGCCGGAGGUUGCGUACGGGCUGGAAGGCCUGGGCUUCUCCAAGGAUUCCGCCGUGGAGCUGUUCCGGCGGGCGGACGCGGACCAGAACGGAAGCGUCAGCAUCGACGAGUUUGCGGAGUCCAUGGCGUUCAUGUGGCUGGGGGACGAAGACGAGGAUGAUGGCACCGAAAAGGGCGACAGUCGGACCGAGAAGCACCCCGUGCAGGUCAGCGUGGUGUCGCCGCCCCGGUUCUGCCUCCCGGAAAACCCCGCCACCCCACUUGUCAUGUUUGCCGGCGGAACUGGCAUCGCGCCGUUCCGCGGCUUUUGGCAGGCGCUCGCUGCGCGCCCAAAACGCGCCAUGGUGCUUUUGUACCUAAGCGUUCAAAGCGAGUCGCAGAUGUUACUGCGGGAAGAGAUGGAGCAGCUGCAGCGCGAGGGGAAGCUGACGGUGCGCGUCGCGCUGUCGCGGCAGGACAACGACAUGGUGUUCGACAAGACGGUCGGAAAGUUCGUCCUGAAGCCCGGCAAGCGCCGGCGCAUCGACGCACUCAUGGAGAGCGAGUGGGACGCCGCGCUGCUAUACCGGAUCCUGCUUCCGGCGGAAAAGUCGGGGUUGGGCGGAACGCUGUACGUGUGCGGCCAGGCUGGUUUCACUAAGACGAUCAUGACGGCGCUCAAGAAUCUCAUCAAACGCUUCCACAUCGACAUCCCCGGGUCGCUGGACCCCCAUCCCGAGAGCAUUCUGUCCCGCCUGGUUGCCCAGCGCCGCCUCUGCCUGGAAGUUUUCACGUCGCACGCGGCCGCGGACCGCGCGGCGGAGGGGCGUACCUUCUGGCCGAGCGAGCUGUGCUUGCGCAAUAAUGACGUGGACGGCUGGUGGAUGGCCAUCGAGGCACGUGUGCUUGACGUCAGCGAGUUCCGGAACCUGCACCCCGGGGGGCCGCUCCUGACCGAGGGCUACUGCGGGUUCGACGCCACCGAGGCGUACUAUGAAGUCGGACAUCAGGCCGCGUCCGAAGUGCACUCCAUGCUCGCGCUGUACGAGAUCGGCAGGCUCCGCUGGAUCGACCUGCCGCCCCCUCCGGAGGGGGAUGCUUUUGCCGCCAAUUUCACCCCCGUCUUGGUGCGCAAGUGGGUCGCGUUCCUUUUUAAAAUGGCGGAGCUAGAGGGCAUGUGCCGCGCGGCGUUCACCAUGAUGGACAAGGAGCUCCAGAAGGCGCCCUCGCCCCAGGCCUACAACUACCUCCAAAACCUGCUGACGGUAAACAACAUGGAGCUCAGUUGGCUGCCCAUGAUAGCCGGGGAAGACUGGGAGGCACUCCUCGCGAGCACCUUCGGCGCGGCCGCUCGCGCGCCGGCGGCGCCGGACGCGGGCGAACGCGCGAGCGCGGACGAGACGGUCGCGGCCGCGAGCGCCGCGGGCCUCGCCGACGCGCUCGCCGUCAUCACAAAGAAGGCGGAGAUCGACGGCUCGGAGGCCGGGAAGCUCCGGCAGGGCCUCCACGCGGCGCUCUCUGAUCUGCUGACGGAGUCGACGCAAGGCGACACGGCGAAAGCGCCGACGGUCGCGAAGCAAUGGGCGGCGAUGCAGCGAAUUAGGGCCGCUUCGCAGGAGCUGAUGCGGGAGGCCAAGUUGGGCGUGCGGGACGUCGUGCGCAGCUUCGAGAACUUGUCGACGCUGAGCAAGCCGCAGGAGGUGCUAGCCGCGUACAACAAUCUGCCGCUCAAGAUUGCCGGGUACUGCGCGGCCGUCCCGAGGGCGGUUCAGAAGUACACGAACACAGUCACGGCGGUCGCCCUCGCGCUGCCGCAUUUCAAGGCGGCCAAUUGAAAUACUAAUCCUGAGGCUGUUACUUCGACAACUCGCAAGAUGUCUAGGAAACACAUUUUGGCAGCCACACUGAUACCCAAGCUCGCUUCAAGACACUGAACUGUGGGGGCUUCGUUGCAAGACCUCCUAUUGACAUGUUUCACUGAUAUAAUGACAUAUUCCACUGAUAUAAGCUGGGACCGGAGAAACCGCUCAACGCGUGCUAGUAGCGAACCAUGUCAAAGUCACUCAAAGCAUUGCAACCGUUCAAAUGCGUGUAGCUGGCUUAUAAUUCCCCAACCGCUCAGGGCACUCUAGUCAUGUGAACGAGACCCGCAAC